UAAAAACCGCACCGCCUGCCCUGCGCGUCCGGUUUUGUGAAAGAUGUGGGGGGGGCGCGUUUGUAAGGGGAAUUAACCGUCACGUCGCGACCAGGAGAGAUGGGGAACCUUCAAAAGAACUGCGGCUAUUCACGCCGACCAAAAAUUAAUCAAAACUACUGUUUUCCGCUUGGCGUCUCUUUGCGGACACGGCCGGGCGCCCAGGAGGCGGCGCGGCGGAGUCGCGCUAGGCCGCCCACAGCCACGGACAUGCGCACUGGCCACGGCCGCGGAGGCGCCGGCCGACCAUAAAGAAACACUGGGUGACGAUGCAGAAGCGGCUCCCCUUCUAAGCCCAGAAACAGCUGGAGCGUUGAAAAGCAUAAAAGCUCAAACAAGAGGAAGAGGAGAAGGAGGGCGGGGGGGGGGGAACUUGGGCUCGGCCCGGAUUUCCCAGCAAGGAUGUCGGAUACCGCCGCAGCGUUUCACACCCAGCUGGCCUCCGUCCUGGAGAUCCUCGUCCGGGCCGCCGUGUGCGAGAUAACCGAGCUCGUCCGGGGCAGUUUCGCCGACUUCGAGGUCCAGAUCGCGCGAAUCAAGGAGGAAAACGACACCCUGAGGUGGCGCCUGCAGCUGUGGCAGAGCGCGGCGGCGGUGGGGCAGGCGGGGGAGGUUGUCUGCCGGCGCCCCGUUGCCGGCACGGACGACAGGAGCGUGGGGGCUGCUGGGGAUAGAGACACCGCCUCCGUUGCAGCUGAAGAGGACAUGGCUGAUCUCUAUCCUGCUGGUUUCAUGGAUGGGGUUGCCGACCAGCGUGCCGAGACCAUUAAACAGGAGGCUGCAGAUCUGGAAGAGUCUCUCCUUCUCAAAGAAGAGGACCUGGAAGAGGAGUCCGACAGCGGCGAUCCUGAAGGAGGGCUGUUGACUUCUGGCAAAAGCCCCGGUGACGACGCUGGACGGGCCCCAGCCGAGCAGCCGGGCUGCGAGGGGCUGUGGGUCCCCAGUCUGAGGCAGGAUCCCCACCCUGUGCCGCCGGAGAGCGAGAAGGAGUGGCUGGGGCCCCGGAGUGAGGAGGAGAUCGGUGAACCGCGGUCCGCGUGCGUCGGAGAACCAGGAACCGGGAAUGUGACCCAGAGACUCAACGCGCUGGGAUAUGGGCACGGUCUAGAGGGGGCUAGCAGCCACACUGGUCUCCAACCACAGCGUUGCAGCCCAGCAGGAACUGUGGUGACCACAGGGCAGGACCAAGAGGUACUGAAGGAGCAGGGCAUCGGGUUUUGGUCGGAUCACGGCGAGCCACAGCCCCUCCGUUCGAACCCCAGCGGGCCCGGCGAGAGAAUCCCGCAGCCCUGCUCCGGGGCCCCCGGUGCGCAUCCAGAGCCGGAUCCUGUCCGCAUCAAAGAGGAGACCGAGCCCCAGGGUGGCGGCGGCCUGGAGCCGGAUCAGAACCAGCAGAUCGGGCCGUUGGGGUUUCUGGGCCGGACGGGAGGGAGAGGGGAACCGAUCGCCGGGGAGUCCUGCCUGGAAUGCGGGACCUGCCGGGGGGGCCCGCCGGGGGUCCCGGGGCCCCAGCGGCGGGCCGAAGCCGGAUCCGGGGCCGGCCCGUUCCCCUGCGCCCUGUGCGGGAAGCUCUUCGGCCAGCUCAGCCGCCUGCGGACCCACCAGCAGAUCCACGGCGUCACCAGGAGCUUCCGGACCGCCCCCGCCCCCCCGGCCGCCCCCGCCAGGCCCAACAUCUGCCCCCAGUGCGGCAAGGGCUUCCUGCACCCGGACAGCCUGAAGACCCACCUGCGGGUGCACACGGGCGAGCGCCCCCACCCCUGCGGCCUGUGCGGCAAGGCCUUCGGCCACCUGCGCAACCUGAAGCGCCACCUGCGCAUCCACACGGGCGAGCGGCCCUACGGCUGCCCCUACUGCGGCAAGCGCUUCAACCAGUCCAACAGCCUGAAGACCCACCAGCGCAUCCACACGGGCGAGCGGCCCUACGGCUGCGCCCAGUGCGGCACGCGCUUCAUGCGCCUGGUGUGCCUGAAGAAGCACCACGCCGCGCACCUGCGCGACCGGGCCCCCGGGGGGCCGGUAGGGGCCCCCCCCCUCCGCCCCUAUCCGGUUCAAGCCUAGGAGUCGCGCUGCUGCUCCUGCUGAUGAUGACGCUUUCAUGCGCCUGGUGUGCCUGAAGGAGCACCACGCCGCGCACCUGCGCGACCGGGCCCCCAGGGGGCCGGUAGGGGCCAACCCCUCCGCCCCUAUCCGGUUCAAGCCUAGGAAUCGCGCUGCUGCUCCUGCUGAUGAUGAUGAUGAUGAUGACGCUUUCAUGCGCCUGGUGUGCCUGAAGGAGCACCACGCCGCGCACCUGCACGACCGGGCCCCCGGGGGGCCGGUAGGGGCCAACCCCUCCGCCCCUAUCCGGUUCAAGCCUAGGAAUCGCGCUGCUGCUCCUGCUGAUGAUGAUGAUGACGCUUUCAUGCGCCUGGUGUGCCUGAAGGAGCACCACGCCGCGCACCUGCGCGACCGGGCCCCUGGGGGGCCAGUAGGGGCCCCUCAACCCUCCGCCCCUAUCCGGUUCAAGCCUAGGAAUCGCGCUGCUGCUGCUGCUGAUGAUGAUGAUGAUGACGAUGACGCCUUCAUGCGCCUGGUGUGCCUGAAGAAGCACCACGCCGCGCACCUGCGCGACCGGGCCCCUGGGGGGCUGUAGGGCCCCUCUGCCCCUAUCCGGUUCAAGCCUAGGAAUCGCACUGGUGCUGCUGCUGCUGCUGCUGAUGAUGAUGAUGCCCGCCGCGAUUCCACUGCCAUCCACAAGGUGGCGCUGUCGAGACCGGUGCCCCACGCCCUUCACCGGAGGCGGAGUGGGUUCGAGGGCGAGGGACUGGACCUGGCCCAGUCUGCCCGGUUGGAGGUGGGGGGUGGGGGGUGCAGGAGCAGGGCGGGUCGGAUUCACUUCGGCGUUUGGGUGGUGGGGGGGACCCCCCAUUGGCGCGUCUCCCAGAGCCCAGCCGCGAGUCAAACCCCGAAUCCGCCCGGGUGGCAGGAACUCCAGUGCGGAACCCGUGGGUCCGGGCUGGGUUCCUGCGCCCUCCGAGACAUCCUUACUGGUGUCAGCAGUGGGAUCGGCUCGAACUCUGUAGCUCCUCGGUGUAGGUGCGGAAUUGGAACUGGCUGUGCUGGUUUAGGCGUCCUGUUUUCCCGAAAACGCUUCUGCGCCAUAGGACGCUGCCACGUGUUGGCACCGAGAAAUC